GUGCCACUUAUCAUUAGCCAUGGCCACAGUUCCAGGCUGGACCGAGGCGCAAGCAUCAACUUAAUUUUGCGAGAUUUCAUCACCGAUUCGCAGUUUUUCCUCACGGGAGCCGACGCGGAGGUCCCAUCGAGCUCAUGUUUAUUCGUGCAUGUGUGGCGAGGCGCUUGUUACUGCGUGGCAGGGUGGCUACGAGCGUCUUGUAACUGGCCGCUGGGUCCCGCAGCUUGUCGCAGCUGAAGAAAAUAGAACCAGUUGCCGAGCGAGCCGUCGGCGACCCCCCUCCGAGCCGUCGCCUGGCGUCUCGCUGUGGAUUCGAACGCCGUCAUGGAGCCUUGACCGGGAUUUUUUUGGGGGGGCUUUUUAACGAAGGUGAAUGCGAGACAUUUCUGGCAGCAGACUUGGGUGGCUAACAGCAAGUAGCUACAUAACCCCAACUCGUGCGACGACAGCUGUCAUUGGAGAAAGGAAAGUGAUCCCCCCGCUCCACUCCUCCCAAAUGCGUGUGCCAAGGAAGCGCUUUUUCUGACGGAUUUCAAGCAGCGCUCCUCGCAUCAAAUGGGCAAAGUUGGGAAUAACCUUGCGGCGCCGGAAUAGAACGAUACGCGCAAUGCAUUUUGAGAGCUGCGCUUCAUCGGAGAGAAGCUAGCUAGCUUGAUUAACUCGCUAGCUAGCUAGCUAGUUGAGCAAACCUUGACGUUUCAUCCCCUCCAGCCAUUCUGGACAUGAAGAGGAAGAUCCAUUAUUCGUAGGGGCUGGAAGUCAUUGAGAGUCUGGUACUGAAGAAUGAACACAUAAGGAUGAUGCAUCGGAAUUCAAAGGGUUCUUCCCUGGCCAAAGAUCCAUCCCUCCACAAAGCAUAACCGAAAUCAAAUGUCAUCAGAGGAACCGACUGUGGAGCCCUCUGACCAGGGCUGCUCACCUCCCACCAGCCUUGCAGGGGCAGAGAGUCCGGCUCAUGCCGACCAGCGAGCACGUGGCAGGUCACGCAAGGAUGCCGCCGCCGCCGCCACCUGCCCAGCCCGGGCGCAACUCUCGGCUUCCUCUGAGAACCGAAAGAAGGGCCGCACCAGAGGUAGGGCUAUCAUGGAUGAGGAAGACAGUAUGGAUGGAACAGAGAUAACAGAGUCCAUUGGCCCUCAGGACACAGAAAUCCAAGCAGGGGAGACUGUGGAAGUGGUGAGCAGUGAUGCGCCAGAGGAGGACACGCCCUCUCCUCCUCCUCUUCCGGCUCACGGCCCUCCACCCGAGACUCUUCCAGCGCCGUCUGUCCCAGCAGCAAGUCGAGGAGUCCAAAGCAGUGAGCAUCUUUGUGCCUUCUGUUACUGCGGGACUCGCAGCCUGUUGGGUCAGGGGGAACUGCGAGCGUUCAGCGCCACGCUGCCCGUCGACAAUCUCCUCAGAUGCAAAGACGGGGAGGAGUCCGUGAACAAGGGCGUUAACGGCGCCGGGUCGGCUGAGCCGCACGCGGCUGGCGAGACCACCUCAGGACAGCAGAAACUUCCCAACGGGUCUGAAAAGAGCGAGGGCGAUCCAGACCCGGCAAGUCGAUUUUGGGAUGAGCUCUCUCAUGUCGGCCUUCCACAGGAUCUCAACGUCCGGUCUCUCUUUGAGUCAGGGCAAUGCUGGGCACAUCAGAGUUGUGCCUCAUGGUCCGAAGGCGUUUGCGAGGGCGAGGGACAAUCUCUGCUUAACGUGGACCGAGCCAUUGACUCAGGGAGCACAAAGCACUGUGCAUACUGUAAGCGCCUUGGAGCAUCCAUUAAGUGCUGUGCUGAAGGAUGUACUCAACUCUACCAUUACCCCUGUGCUGGGGCAGCAGGGGCCUUUCAGGAUAUCAGGAGUCUGUCGCUCCUCUGCCCCGAACACAUCGAUUUGGCCAUGCACAAAUUUGUUGACGAUGCAAAUUGCGCGUUAUGCGACAGCCCGGGGGAUCUACUGGACCAACUCUUCUGCACCAGUUGUGGACAGCAUUAUCACGGGAUCUGCCUGGACAUGGCCGUGACCCCUCUGAGGAGGGCCGGGUGGCAGUGUCCCGAGUGUAAAGUCUGCCAAACGUGCAAGAACCCAGGAGAGGACACUAAAAUGCUGGUGUGUGACAUGUGUGACAAAGGAUACCACACGUUCUGCCUGCAACCUGCCAUGGAUGCUCUGCCAACCAAUGGCUGGAGAUGUAAGAACUGCAGGGUUUGCAUCCAGUGCGGAACUCGAACCAGCGGGCUGUGGCACCACACCAGCCUGCUGUGUGAGAGUUGCGUCCAAAACCAGGAUCCCGCUCUCAGCUGUCCUUUGUGUGCCUGCAUCUUGGACCCUGAGCAUCACAAAGACCUUCUCCUCUGCCACACUUGCAAGAGAUGGCUUCACCUGGAUUGCGAGCGUCAGAACUCGGGCCAAGCGGAAAACCACCCCAGAGAGGACUUUGUCUGCUCCAACUGCAGGUCUCCCACUGCAGUGUGCGUGCUCCAAGCCGAGGAUAUGGAUACUGGCCCAGAGCUUUGCCCUCAGCCGGCCUCAUCGCACACAGACUCCGAGACUGGCUCGCAGCUGGCUCAAAAGCACACGGACCUAGAAACUGGCAUUCGCCCGCUUCCCGAAAUGCACAAUGACCCCAAACCGGAAUUACUCGCUGCUCCGUUGCCCUCGGAUCCAGAGCCUGCCGAGGAUGCCGUCCCGGUGGAGAAGCCAGCUACGUCUGCCCAAGAGCCUGACAUCUCCCUGGGGCCAGACAUUAAGGGCGAGGUGUACAAACCCACGGAAUUCAAACCAGAAACGAAAGCAGCAGCGAGAAGCCGGCUCAUACCUGCGGACGCUCCGCCGACUCUGAGCCAGGAGCGUCUCACGGCGGAGGCCCAACCGGCACAGGAAAUCGCUUUACAAACCAAGCCAGCAAACACAGAGACCGCCCCCGAGCAGGGCGCGCUCACCCCCAGCACAAAGGAUCUGAAGGCCAUCAUCUCAACCACCAAAGAACUAAGUACUGUAUCAGUACCUCUCACAAAUCAACCGAUGGAAGUCUCGCUCUCCCAAGCUUUGCGGAUGGAUGUAGCCAUGGCUUCUUUUUUGGAAAGUACCCCUAGAGACCUUAAGGACAGGACGGAGGGCAAUUUCCGACAGGCCUCGGCGUCCCAGGAACUUGACGGGACACCGGAGAAGAGGUCACAUCUUUCCUUCCCCGGCGGCUUGUCCACGGAGGAGAAAGCACUCAAGACAAGUGUCGAGCAGUUGAGCGAGAUGGUCGCCGCUCCUUCCCAUUCCGCGGCCCGAGGGGUCAACCCGGCGCAGACCUUUGGCGAGCACGGCCUCGGAAUCCCCACCACUACCCUUAUACCGCUUACGCCCAAGAUCGGGAUGGGGAAGCCUGCCAUCACCAAAAGGAAGUUUUCUCCAGGGAGGCCGCGUGUAAAACAGGGUGCAUGGAGCCCCCAUAGCAGUGUGAGCUCCCCCUUGUCCUGGUCUCCAGACCAGCCAGAGGGGUGGGAUGUCCUAAAGACCAGGCAGUACUCUGGCAGCCCCAGCUGGAGCAUCAGAGUGGGUCGAGGCUCGGCCUUCCCGGGAAGAAGAAGGCCGAGAGGGGCCGGUCUGUCGGGUCGAACCGGACGUGGCAGGGCAAGAGGCAAGAGUGGAGUGUGUCCCAGCAUCGUCCCUGGGAUCACGGCAAUAGAACCGCCGUACCCAAUAAAGGAGGAGGAGGAGAAUGCCAUGCACAACACAGUGGUCAUAUUUUCCAGCAAUGACAGUUUCACACUCAAGCAGGACAUGUGCGUGGUGUGUGGGAGUUUCGGCCUUGGCGCGGAGGGCCGUCUUUUGGCUUGCGCUCAGUGCGGCCAGUGCUACCAUCCAUUUUGCGUCGGCAUAAAGAUCACCAAGGUGGUGCUGAGUAAAGGCUGGCGUUGUUUAGAGUGCACCGUGUGCGAAGCCUGCGGUCAGGCCACCGACCCGGGCCGCUUGCUGCUGUGCGACGACUGUGACAUCAGCUACCACACCUACUGCCUCAACCCCCCGUUGCAGAACGUCCCCAAAGACAGCUGGAAGUGCAAAUGGUGUGUGUCGUGUACGCAGUGCGGCGCCACCACGCCGGGCCUGAGGUGUGACUGGCAGAAUAAUUACACUCAGUGCGCUCCCUGCGCCAGCCUUUCGAUGUGUCCCGUCUGCUUCGUCGUCUACAGCGAAGGCACCGUCAUUGUCCAGUGUCGACAAUGCGACAGAUGGUUCCAUGCUUCUUGUCAGGGUCUCCAUUCAGAGGAAGAUGUUGAGAAGGCUGCAGAGGACUGCUUUGAUUGCACAAUGUGCCGCAAUUUCAAGACUACUAAAGUGUUGACCAAACCCAGAGACACCAUUGAGCCUGCUAUCAUGACACAGAUUGUCACCAAAGCAAGAGAGAUGGAUCUAUCCAGGACCUACACCCAGGACGGUGUUUGUUUGACAGAGUCGGGGCUUUGUCAGCUCCAGAGCCUGUCCGCCACGGCGUCACGGCGCCGGAAGCCCAAGCCCAAGCUCAAACUGAAGAUAAUCAACCAGAACAGCGUGGCGGUCCUUCAGGCUCCCUUGGACCCUUUCUCAGAACACUCCCGGGACGAGGACAUGGAGGAUGCCAGAGUGGAGACGGAGCUCCUGGACUGCGAGGGCAAGUCCGACUCCAGCCCGGAGCGGGAGCCGGCGGAAGACGACUCCAAGGGGGUCGACGGCAGCAAGAAGAGGAAGAGGAAACCGUAUCGGCCGGGCAUCGGCGGUUUCAUGGUGCGACAGAGAAGCCGACCGGGCCAGGCUCCGGGCAAGGCUAAACGAUCCCUCUGCAGAAAAGAUUCAUCUGGUUCGGCGUCUGUGUCGGAGUGUCACAUUGGAAAAGAGGAAGUUGGAGGGUGGACAGAAGCGCUGCCCGACACACCUGUGGAUGAGACGCCUCCCGGAGCAGAGGUUGCGGAAAAAAUUAAAAAACGCUACCGAAAGAAGAAAACCAAACUGGAGGAGGCUUUUCCCACCUACCUUCAGGAGGCGUUCUUCGGAAAGGACCUCCUGGACAAAAGCAAACAGAGCAGACAGCAAGGGGUGGAGUCCGGUCUGAUGGAAGAAGGGCAGAGUCAGCUGGAGAGGAAGCGCCUCGCCGCCGGCUACCUGAACUCUUCGGCCGACCCUCUGCUCAGCGCCCCUGCUACGUGCCUCCCCAGCGGAGCGCUUGCUGAGCAAACGUCUGAGGAGCCAUUAGUUGAUCUGUCUGAUGUUUUGAAUACUGAUGCAGACAUCUUGGGAAUGCUCGGAAAGCCAAGCGGUGACUCUGGUCUUGAUUUUUGCUCCUUCCAGGUUGAUGGCUCACCACCUCCUUUUGCCGGUCUGGACGUGGGGCCCCUCACAGAGAGUUCCCCAGCGCCGCCCCACUCGCAGGCCGAUCGCAGGACGCCUCGAAGCCUUCCAGAAGAACCCUUGGAUGGCAUUCUUAGUCCAGAGUUAGACAAGAUGGUCACCGAUGAAUCAAUUCUCAGCAAACUGUACAAAAUCCCAGAGCUAGAGGGCAAGGAUGUAGAAGAUCUCUUCACGGCCGUCCUCAGCCCCAGCACAAGCCAACCUCUGCCGCCACAGUUGCCUCAUCCUCCAGGUCCGGGGCCCCUCCCUCCCACACCUGGCACUUGUAUCCCUCAUCCCAACACGGGCAAUCCGAUGUUUCCAAGGAUGCCAAUGAUCAACGGAAUGAUGGGUCCAGGCUACCGUUUCCCUUCCAAUUCAGGAGCAGGGCCUUUAAUCCCGGAAAAUUUCUCCCCCCUCAACCGUAUGCCUUUCAGCGACAAUCCCAGGGAUCGAAAAUUUUGUCAAAUGCCUCGAGAAGCAGUCGGUCCAUGGCCGUCCCCUGCCCAUGGCCCCGGCCCCACACCGCCUGGAUCGCUGCCCGAGGGGGAAACUGAAGCCAUGUCCAAUGCCCAAAGGAGUACACUCAAGUGGGAGAAGGAGGAGACACUCGGGGAGCUUGCCACUGUAGCGCCUGUCCUUUACACCAACAUCAAUUUUCCGAACCUCAAAGAGGAAUUCCCAGACUGGUCCACCAGAGUAAAGCAAAUUGCAAAACUGUGGAGGAAAGCUAGUUCGCAAGACAGGGCCCCUUAUGUGCAAAAGGCAAGAGAUAACCGAGCCGCCCUGCGCAUCAACAAAGUCCAGAUGUCCAAUGAGACAGUGAAGAGGCACCAUCCACAACAUCCACAGCCCCCUGAGGUGUUUGAUCCCAACAUACCACUAGACACAGAACUGCUGUUUAAAGACCCUUUGAAACCAAAAGAGUCAGAGCAUGAACAAGAGUGGAAGUUUAGACAGCAAAUGAGGCAGAAAAGCAAACAGCAAGCCAAAAUCGAAGCCACUCAGAAACUGGAGCAAGUGAAGAACGAGCAGCUGCAACAGCAACAGCAGCUGCAACAAGGCAACGUGCAGACCGAGGGAGACGGCGGCAACAACAGCGGGAACCAGAGCCCGGCCUCGCUGCCGAGCAACGGAAGCACAUCCCCUAUGCAGCAGCAGCAGCUCGUCGCUAAAGACGGCUUUGCCAGGCCGCAGUUACCCGGGACGCCGACGUCGGGUCCUUCCGAUGAUGUGUUUUUGCGACCCCCUCCUCCGCCUCCCUCCGGCUCGUCUUCCCAGCCUCAGUCGCCGCAGGUUUUUUCACCUGGCUCCUCUGGCUCCAGACCUUCCUCUCCGUGGGACCCAUAUGGCAAGAUGGUAGGGACUCCGAGACCCCCGACGGCGUGUCGUCGAAUGCCUAUGGAAUCUGGUAAAUCGCCCACGUCCCUGAUGGAACAGCAGGACCGAGGGAGGCCUUCCCCUGCUCACGACAGCUUUGGUUCUCCCACGUCAAUGAGCAACGAUCCGUAUGCCAAACCUCCUGACACUCCAAGGCCAUCUGGGGAAAUGGACACCUUCCUGAAGCCCAUGGGCCCACCCAGGACCAGCCACGCUGCUCAGGGAAGACCCCCCAUGGGCUCGCCGGGCAGAGAUCCAUACUCUCGACCCAUGAUAAGAAACGAGGCUUAUCAACGCAUGGCUCAGAACAGGAUGAUCUUGUCCGACCCUUACUCCAGACCUCUGCUGACACCCAUCCCUGGAAGUAAUGAGUCGGGCUCUGUCCCGCUGUUCAAGACGCCAAUGCCCCCUCCGCAGACUCACGAAGCGCUGUACCGAGCGGGUCAACAUCCCGCAGACAGAUAUGCCCAGAAUCAACAGGCGGACCCCUACGCGCAGCCCCCGCACACCCCGAGACCAUCUGCAAACGACAACUUUGCCAGCCCCCCUCGAAUGGGCCAACAUCAAGCUCAAGCACACCCGUUCGCUCAGCAGGGACAAAUGGCUCCAAUGUCUCGCAAUCCUUAUUCCCACGCGCCUUCCACUCCGAGGCCGGACCACUUCACUUACGACCCCUUUUCUCAACCUGCCAGUUCGGGUAACCACCGGCCCGAACCCAAUCCUCAGGCACGUCCAUUUUUUGAGCCUUAUGCCAGACCCCCCGGCACCCCGCGUCCACACGAUAACUAUAAUCAACCAUCAAACACCCCUAGCCCGUCUUCGGAUCCUUACUCGCACGCUCCCGCCACCCCUCACCCUGGCGGACUCAACCAGUUCCCCCACCAGAGGAUGUCACCUUCCCACUCUGUGGACCCUUAUGCUCAGCCACCAGGCACGCCCCGACCUGCUGCCGUGGAGAGGUUUUCAAAGUCACCAGGCACUAGUCAAGGGCCACUCGAGACGUUUCCUAAUGCCUCUGGCCCGUCCCGACCAGGAAGUAAUGACAUGUUUUCCCAGGUCGGCAACCCCCGCACAAUGGUAAAUGACUAUGGCCAGUCUCCUGGCACCUUGCAUCCUGGGCCUGAUAGACAAGGAUUAAGGCCGGGAACUCAGGACUCAUUCUCUGCCCCUCAAGGCAGGCUUCAGGAACAUUUCCCUCAUGCAGGCUCACAAACACCCAAGCAUCCUUGUGAUGAUGGAUUUACCCGCUCACCCUCUAGAAGACACGGUCAGACGCCUGGUCACGACCCGUUUGAACACGCCCCUAUGACCCCUCGUCAACAGUCGGAGAAGAUGGAAGUUAAAGAUCAGUCAAGUCUGGGGAACAAUGCCUUUGUCCCUCCAGACCCGAGCCAGCUACCUAACAAUCCCCAAAUGGCUGCUGUGUCCUCUGACGCCCAGGUUGCUAUGGCUGAAAAUGAAGAGAGACUCAGACAGCGGCAACGAAUUCGAGAACUAAUCCUGAAGCAGCAGCAACAAAGGAGUGCUAUUCGACAAGAGAGGUGCCCUCAGGAGCCUCCCGGCAACUUGGCUCCUAGACCACCACGACCGUGGCCUCAGGAAGACCCUGGACAACAGAGGGACGUGUUCAACCGACCUCCUCCACCUUAUCCUGGACAAGGACCCAUAAGAGGGCCAAUGCGCUUUCCUGGACCUUUUCCAGCAGGACACGAAGGACAAAUACCUCGGGGCCCGCACCCCGGAGAUCUGAAUUUGAGACACCAGGGACCGAGGUUUUCCUUUCCGGCCGGUGCUCUCGGACCGCAUUCGGCCCAAGAACUCUUUCCCCGCGGGCAGCAUCCGGCGCAGGACGUUCCUCCUCAGAUGAGACGAUCCAUGUCUGCAGAAAUGGCGAAGGGCGUCGGUGGUAAUCCCAUGGGUCUGCCCCAACACUUUCCACCGCACGGUAUGCCCGUACAGCAGCACAACAUUAUGGGUCAGCCCUUCAUCGAACUGCGGCACAGAGCAGAAAGAGGAGAAAACAGGCCACGCAUGGCAUUUGCACCGGUUGCUAUGCAAGGAUACACCAUGGAUGCCAACAUCCAAGCUCAAAGGCCGCAAGGCUUUCCAGGAGCUCCAGACAACCGCUUUCCAUUAAUUCAGGGGCCCAGGAUGUUGGAUCCAAUGGCCAGCCAGUCUGGAAAUGCACCCCUUUCCGCCAGUAUGGACAAUCUUCACCAGCAGUCCCAAAUGUCAGCCAACAGCACACUCAAACAAUCUCCUUUGAUGAGAUCCAUGAGCCAGCCUGCUCCAAAUGAGACCCAGAACAUGUCUGCGUCCAUCAUCCUGUCUGCUCCCCCUGCUGGCCAGAAUGAUACCGUGGCCAGCGGUGAAACGGGAGAGGAGAAACUGGAUGCGGAGGAGUCUGCAGUGAAAGAUCUGGAAGAUGUGGAGGUGAAAGACUUGGUGGACGCGGACUUGGAAAACCUUAAUUUGGAUCCUGAAGAUGGCAAAGACCUAGACCUUGAGACAAACGACCUGCACCUGGAUGACUUCCUGACAUCUGGCAAAUUUGACAUCAUCGCUUAUACGGACCCCGAUCUCGAUGACAUCAAGAAAGACAUGUUCAACGAGGAACUGGAUCUCAGCGAUCCUAUGGAUGACGGCGCUGACCCUGGCGAGAUGAACAAAAACCCGGAGCCCAGUCAAAGUUCGGCGCCGGAGAUGAGGGAGGCUACGGGCGUGAACUCAUCAGCGGAGGUCAAGCUCGACACUCCUGAGAGACACGACUCUACUCCUUUGCUCCACGGGAAGGAAAUUAAAACCGAGGUCAAAGACUGUCAGAACUCCCCCCAAGUCUCCGGGAGCGCCGUGGCAGCAAGCCAGCAAGAAGCCCUCUCCGACUCGACCCCUGUCCUGUCCAGUUUACUCGUUAAGCAGCAGCCUGAAGAGCAGUCGUUAAACCCAAUGGUUGAAUCUGUCACUCAAGGCGGUCACCGAGUCACCGAAAGUGAGCACGCUGCCGCUCAUGGGAAUCAGACAAUAGCCAGCACCACCGGAGCCGCAGAGUCUUCCAUAAGCGCCUUUGGGGAGGACCAGCAGCUUUUGAACCAGGCCUUGCACGGCCAACACCGCCCACUUCUGCUGGAGGAGCAGCCGCUCCUUCUGCAGGACCUCUUAGAUCAGGAGAAGCAAGAGCAGCAGCAGCAGAGGCAGAUGCAGGCCAUGAUACGACAGCGUUCCAGUGACUCUUUCUUCCCCAACAUUGAUUUCGACGCCAUCACUGACCCAAUCAUGAAAGCCAAGAUGGUUGCACUGAAAGGCAUCAACAAAGUCAUGGUUCAAAACAACAUUGGAAUGGCUCCAAUAGUCAUGAACAGGUUUCCAUCCGUGCCUGUAGCACCUGUUCCUGAAAGCACGCCACUUCCCCCACAAGUUGUAGGACAGGAUGGCAGAUUGACACAAGUACAACGACCAAAUCCUCCUAAUUUCGGACCGGGAUUUGUCAACAAUGCUCAAAGGGCACAGUAUGAGGAGUGGCUACAGGAGACUCAGCAACUACUUCAAAUGCAGCAGAAGUUUCUGGAGGAGAAGAUCGGAGCGCACAGGAAGUCCAAGAAAGCUUUGUCUGCCAAGCAGAGAACGGCCAAGAAGGCGGGGAGAGAGUUCCCAGAGGAGGACGCUGAGCAGCUCAAGCAUGUCACGGAGCAACAGGGCGUAGUGCAGAAACAACUAGAGCAGAUCCGCAAGCAACAAAAAGAGCACGCUGAACUCAUCGAGGAAUACAGAGUGAAACAGCAACAAAAUAACCUGACGCCCUUAAUGCACCCAGUGCCCGGUCCCGGUGGGCCAGCCCUGGUCCAGCCUCAGGUGAACCCCGCGAUGCAAAUGCCAAUUCACUCUGGGCCGCCAAACGCCCCCGCCCCUCCACGAAUGCCCAACCCGCCACCGGGCUGGCACCCCGGCACUCCCGGUCCCAUGGGAGGGCCCGGCAUGCCGCCCAUCAUGCCCCCGCAGGUGCAGCCCCAUCCGAUGCCCAUGGGCGCCAUGCUCCAACACUCCCAAAUGCCAGCGGAGGCCCAAAUGGCAGCGGCUCCUCCCAAAGCCAUCCAGGCGGGCGGUGUGAAAUUCGAUGAUAACAAUCCAUUCAGCGAGGGCUUCCAGGAGCGCGAGAGGCGCGAGAGACUCCGGGAGCAGCAGGAGAGACAGCGGGUGCAGCUCAUGCAGGAAGUUGAACGGCAGAGGGCCUUGAAACACCGCAUGGAGAUGGAGCAGCAAGCCAUGCUGGGGUCAGACGGGAACAUGGCACCGUUGGCCCAGAUGCCCUUUUUCAACUCGGAGCUGCCGCAGGAGUUCAUGCAGCCCCAGAGGCUUCCUGUGCAGCAGCAGCAGCACGCGGCUGUGUUCCCCCAGCAGCAAGCCAUGUGCUCAUCAAGUGGCACCUUCAUGCAAGGGGAACGCAGGCCCAUGAUGGGGAACGGGAUGGUGCCUCCGGAAAUGGGGCCCGCCUUGGGACCCGAUAACCUCGGCCUGCCGGCGUCCAACUUUCAGCCCAGACCUCCCCGUCAGUUCGGCGGAGCGGGGAUGAUGCUGCCCAUGCCGGGCGACGCGCCGCCUUUUGCCGGCGACUCGGCCACACCUCUCCCAUCCAACUUCCCCGGAUCGGGUCAAUCGUUAAUCCAGCUGUACUCCAACAUCAUACCAGAUGAGAAAGGGAAAAAGAAAAGAACGCGCAAAAAGAAGAAAGACGACGACGUGGACUCCAUCAAGACGCCUUCGACGCCGCACUCGGACCUCACCGCCCCUCUGACGCCGAGCGUCUCCGACACUUCGUCGACGCCGACCAGGAACCCGCAUCUCUUUGGGGAACACGACCUGUCCAGGUCCCCGCUUGGAUGUUCUACUCCGGGUCACUCUGAGCUCGAGAGGCAACUUUCCGGAGGACAAGCUGGACUUUUACCCGACGCGGCCAGAGCGCAGGCUCAGGAGCAUGAAAGGAUCCUCAGCAACAUCAAGUUGGAGCAGACGGAUAGCAGCGACUGUCACGGAGCACGGGUCGGGCCUGAGAUGAGCUCCGUCAAGGAGGAGGGCGGCGGCAAAGGGGGCGCCUCGCCCUUCCCUGCCGGCCAGAGUCCAAACAAGGGCGAAGCCGGCAACGAGCUUCUCAAGCACCUACUGAAGAACAAGAGUGCGACUCCGCCCGAGUUCUCCCAGCAGCCGUCGGAGGAGAGCAUGCGAUCAGAGGAAGAGGAACCCGCCGACUGCAAAGCCCUCCUCCUCAGGCAGAGCUCUGUGGACAGCAACGGGGCCUACUCCGAUGGCCCUCUGGACUUUCAAGGGCCCAUCUUCAAUGAACAGGAGAAGAAGAAAGGAAGGAAUAGAAGGAACCCCAAAGGAGGGGAGAAACCUCCCUCUCGCUACAAGAAGAGGAAGAAGGAAGGGGAUGAGAGGACGCUGAUGCACUCCGGCCCUGACACGGUCAUGAACCAAAUAAAACAGCAGCUCUCUCUGCUGCCCCUCAUGGAGCCGCUGAUCGGGGUCAACUUUGCCCACUUUGCUCCCUACGGCAGCGGUCCGCUCAAUGGGGAGAACCUCCUGUCGGGCACUUUUGGCAGCGCCUCUCUGGAUGGCGUCUCCGACUAUUACUCCCAGCUGGCCUACAAGCAGAGCAACCUGAGCAAUCCACCGACGCCGCCGGCAUCGCUUCCCCCCACGCCGCCACCCGUCAAUCGGCAGAAAAUGAUCAAUGGCUUCGCUACAACCGAAGAGCUGGCCAGCAAAGCGGCUGCCAUGGUGUCCAAAGGCCUCGUUCCGAAGCCGCUCCAUGUCCCGUUCAGGACUGAGGAAGAUCUCCUCGCUCGGGCCAUUGCUCAGGGACCCAAAACGGUGGACGUUCCCGCAUCCCUUCCGACCCCUCCCCACAACAACCAGGAGGAACUGAGUAACAAAGGACAGGAGAUUUGUAAGGAAAGGGACACACCUGACAGUUUUGUUCCAUCCUCGUCCCCUGAGAGCGUGGUUGGCAUGGAAAUCAGUCGCUAUCCGGACCUCUCGUUGGUGAAACAAGAGCCCCCAUCUCCCUGCGUCUCCCCUGUGCUCCCCCUGCUUCCUGCGCCCAAAGGGAAAGGAUCAGAGGUCAAAUUGCAAGAUAUUAAGACUGAGCCUUCAGGAGCCUUCUUCGGACCCCCGUUCGGUCCCGUGUCCAACAAUUCCAAAUCGGGACUGGUUUCCGUAGCCAUCACCUUGAGACCAGGUGCAGCCGAGAACAUCACCGGAGUGGUGGCCGCCAUUUCCCAGCUGCUUUGUGUGAAGAUCCCCAGCAGCUACGAGGUCAGCAGCACCCCGGACCGAGGGCCCGUAUCGAUGCUCACGUACCCACGCGGGGACCUUCGCCCUCCCGUGCUUUUUCACGGGCAGGCAGACGCCGGAGGCCUUCACGGUCGCCCGGGCCAGAUGAUGAGGCCUGCCAUGAUGCAACAGCAGGCGCAUCAUUUCCGCUUCCAUCCCAACAGCCCAGGCUCUGCCCUAGCUCGAGGACCUGACCAGAGAGUUCCCGGCAGCCCCGGAUGUAAACCUCAGUGGUGCUGCAACUGUAAAGUAGUGGUCCUAGGAAAUGGAGUGCAGAAAUCCAUCAAAGAUCUCCCCUCUCACAUCAAGGAUUCUGCAGGCCGUUUCAAAGACGGGCUGGUUUUCUGCAGUCAGAACUGCUUCCUCCUCUACUGCUCCUCACCACUGCAGUCCAGGUCCUCCAUAGAAUCAAAGGAAUCCCUGAGCCUUCUCGCCGCCUCGGGUCAGACGGAGAUCUUGUCGAAAGCCCAGCACCAGUACAACAACAACAUGUCUUCAAUGGACGUCCAUUGCCUAGCCCAGCUUGAGCCGAAACCCUCUCCCCCGUCCACCCCUCCAAUCCCCUUCCCCGUGGCCGGCGAGACGGCCAGAUCGGACGCCAUCAAAGUGACGGUGAAGCUGAAGGCUCGCCCCAGGUCUCAGGAGACCUGGCAUCAGGUGAAGAGAGCCAAGGGUCUCCGAUGGAGGAAGUGGAGCGUCCAGGUGGUGGUGCCCCGGGGAACCUCCCAACUCCCGGACGAAGAUAAGAUCGAUGAGCUGUUGAAGGAACUGGGCGCCUCCCUGCGGCCUCCCGUUUCACUGCGGGACCACCGGCGCUGCUGUUUCUGCCACCAGUUUGGAGACGGAAUCACCGACGGCCCCGCUCGCCUGCUCAAUCUGGACCUGGACGCCUGGGUGCACCUCAACUGCGCCCUGUGGUCCACCGAAGUGUACGAGACGCAAGCCGGCGCCCUCAUCAACGUGGAGCUGGCGCUGCGUCGGGGUCAGACGGUGCGCUGCGUCUACUGCCAGCAGACGGGCGCCACCAGCGGCUGCCACCGCUUGCGCUGUACCAACGUCUACCAUUUCACCUGUGCCCUGCAAGCCCACUGCACCUUCUUCAAGGACAAGACCAUGCUGUGCCAUGCCCACAGGCCGCGAGGCACGGCCGGACACGCCCUGGAGCACGAACUGCGCUGCUUCGCCGUCUUUCGGCGCGUUUACGUCCAAAGGGACGAAGUGCGGCAGAUGGCCGCGGCCGUGCGCCGCCCCGAGUUGGGCUACACUUUUCGAAUAGGAAGCUUGGUGCUGCACGCCAUCGGCCAACUCACUCCCGCGCAAAUGGCCGCCUUCCACUCCGCCAGCGCCAUCUUUCCGGUGGGCUACGAGGCUUGCCGCAUCUACUGGAGCAUGCGCCACGGCAACCGUCGUUGUCGCUACCUUUGUUCCGUCGAGGAAAGAGACGGACAACCCGAGUUCGCCAUCAGAGUCAUUGAACAGGGCUACCAGGAUCUGGUCCUGACCGACUCCUCUGCUAAAGGAGUGUGGGAUAAGGUUCUGGGUCCGGUUGCGGAGAAGAGAGCUGAAUCUGGCACACUGAAGCUUUUCCCGGUUUACCUCAAAGGGGAGGACCUGUUUGGGCUCACGGCGUCCGCUGUUGCCAAGAUCACUGAAUCGCUCCCUGGAGUCGAAGCUUGUGACAGAUACUCGUUCCGUUACGGACGCAACCCUCUCAUGGAGCUGCCUCUUGUGUUCAAUCCCGCGGGCAGUGCCAGGGCCCAGCCAAGAACCGGCUCUCCUGGCACCUCGCUGGUCAUCAGGCCGCAGGCGCAGGCCGUGUCGGGCGGCAGCGCCAGGUCCAACCAAAAUGUAGCCCAGGGAGAGGGUGGCGCCUCCCACAGCAAGCCACCGGUCGUGCACCCGAGAUCUUCGCAGUACCGCUGGAUGAAGAGCGAGUGGAGAGCCAACGUCUACCUGGCCCGCUCCCGCAUCCAAGGUCUCGGGCUGUUUGCCGCUCGAGACAUGGAAAAACAAACAAUGGUGAUUGAGUACAAUGGAACGGUGCUUCGUAAUGAGGUCGCCAUCAGGAAGGACAGGCUUUAUAGAUCUCAGAAUCGACCUGUCUUUAUGUUCCGUAUCGACAGCGAACACGUUGUCGAUGCGACCAUAUCGGGAGGACUCGCCAGGUACAUCAACCACUCUUGUGCCCCGAACUGCGUUGCCGAGGUGGUAACAUUUGAAAGGGGUUACAAAAUUAUCAUCAGCUGCAUCCGCCGGAUUGAAAGGGGAGAGGAGCUGUGUUUCGAGCACCAGUUCGACCCCGUCGCCAGUCAGCACAAGGUGGCCUGCCACUGUGGCGCUCCCGAGUGCCGGAAGUGGAUCUACUGAGCAAAGGUGGCAAUGAUGACACAUAAAAAAACAAAAACAUUCCCUGCUUCUUGCCUGCGGAUGCCGAAAAGUCUCCGUUUCACACUGAAGUGGUUUUGUGAAGGAGCAUAAGGCGUCCGAGUUAGAUGGAGGUGAAUGGAACACAAGUAGCAGGAUGCGACGUGUGCCAUAUGUUCGAGGCCGUCGUGUUGCGACGCCUCCGUCCGUCUGUCCGUGUGUGUGUGUGCGGCUUCCGCGGGGUGUGGAAUUCACCAACGAAUGAGAAAGCACUGUGCAGGGUGCGGCCUUAUUGCUUACUAAGGGCAGGCCCUUUUUUGUGUGUGUGUGUGUGUUUGUGUGUGUGUGUGUGUGUCGUAUUGCGCGUACGACUAAAUGUAGACAUCACUGAAUGAGGAAUGUACAGCAAUGAAUACUGCGAAGGGAAUAUUAACUUGCACUAAAAAAAAUAAAAUAAAAAGAAAAAAAAAUGGACACACACACAACUUUAAAAAUACUUGAUUCCAUGAGUCAGUUUUAUCAUAGGUCUCCGUCAUGUGAUUUGUGUGGAAUUUUGUAUUUAUUACGACUGAGUGAAUGAGUUUGAUUCUCUACGCGAUGACGAGUUGAAGAAGGCCAGAUAUGUUUGUGAAGUUAGAAGACAUGCUGUUACUUUUCUUGUAUAAAUGUACAUAAAGAAAAAAAUAUAGGAAUAACCGACCAAAUACUACCUUAACCUUCUCGAUCGAUGUUAGGUGUUUUUUUAAAAAAGAAAAGAAAUCUCCCUUCUUCUUCUUCUCAUUCCUGUUUUGUUUGUCCAUGAAAUUUAUUUAAGAUCAAACGUUAUUUCUGUUUGAGAGUAUAUAUUAUGAAUAUUCUGUACAGAAUUUGUAAUAUAACCACAAUAAUUCACAAAGUAUUUUUGUUGUAAAAGUAAGGUAUUGUAGCUGUAGUGUUUUGUGACUUACACACACGUUAACCACUCAAACGUAAGAAAGAGAAAAAAAAAGAAGCUAUUUUUGUUGCUAAAUGAUCAGUCGCAGAAUGAAAAAUAUCAACUCUCCAAAUGGCGACUGUUGUCUGUUAGCCGCGAAUCAGGUUUGAUUUCAAAUAAACUGUGAAUUAGGUUUUCAAACCCUAAAAGGACAACUUUUUAACACAAAUAGGAACACCGACGUGUAUUUGUUGUUUUUAUGUUGCUUUUAAAAUAAGGUGCAAGAGUGUCUGAUGAUGACGACGACGACGACAACAACUUUGACGUGUGUGUGCGUGUGUGCGUGCCUGCGUGUGUGUUUGUGACCGAAAGAAUUGCCGGGGAACUUUUGCCACCGUCGCUUCUGGCUUUUGGAUAGAAAUGGCAUUGUCUUUAAUCAGAACUAUUUCUUAUACUGACACACAGUCACAUGUCACAUGCGUAGAAAAUGGCAACGUUUUUUUGCGUGCACAAUUUCAAGUAAAAUUUUGGAGACAGUCUUAGAACUUGUAAUGUAUAUGGCAUGUAUUUUUUUAACUUUCCGAAGACUCAAUUGUAUAUAUUUUCUCAAUGAAUGGUUGUAACAAAAUUGUUUCUUGAAUAUUUUUUUCUUCUCUUGUAUGAUACAUCAUCCUGCCAGUGUGUUUGUGCUACAUUUUCUCAGUCAUGUAAAGUAGUCACGUUUUUGUUUCUUUUUACCCCCCCCCCCCUCCUCCCAACACUUUUUUUGCGCUGUUUGUUUUUGAAAAUGCCUUUUGGCGUGUACAGAGUAUGGAGUUUGUGGAAUUGAAUUUAGAAACAUUUACAAAAAUAAACUAUUUUACAUGUUA